CGCUCGCGUGGCGCGUCAUCUUCCGUCGCCAUGAAUUUCGGUCCAACUGAAAUGUUCGAAUUCUUUGAGACCUUCCUGCUUUGAAGUUCGUUCCAUCAAAUUUGGACACGUCGAACCAUCACUAUGGGUAUCAAGCACUUAUUUCAGCUCAUUGAGGAGCAUAGCCCCGCGGCGAUCAAGCAGGGCGAGAUCAAGAAUCAAUUCGGCAGGAAGGUUGCCAUUGAUGCGUCGAUGAGCAUCUACAGCUUCCUGAUCGCCGUACGAAGUGAUGGCCAACAGCUGAUGUCUGAGUCCGGCGAAACCACGUCGCAUCUGAUGGGGAUGUUCUACCGAACCUUACGCAUGGUCGACAAUGGCAUCAAACCCCUCUUUGUAUUUGAUGGUGCCCCUCCCAAGCUCAAAUCUGGCGAAUUGGCGAAAAGAUUCCAGCGCAAGUCGGAGGCUCAGGAAGCUCAUGAGGAGGCGAAGGAGACGGGGACGGCAGAAGAGGUGGAAAAAUUCUCGAGAAGGACCGUGAGGGUGACGAGAGAGCACAAUGCGGAAUGUCAGAAGCUAUUGAAGCUCAUGGGAAUUCCUUACAUCAUCGCACCAACAGAAGCAGAAGCGCAAUGCGCCGUACUCGCAAGAGCAGGCAAGGUCUACGCAGCUGCAUCUGAGGAUAUGGACACCCUCACAUUUGACGCACCGAUUCUUCUUAGACACCUUACAUUCAGUGAGCAGCGAAAGGAACCGAUUCAGGAGAUUCACCUCGCUCAGGUUCUCGAAGGGUUAGAGAUGGAAAGAGAUCAGUUCAUUGAUCUCUGCAUUCUUCUCGGCUGCGACUAUCUCGACCCAGUCAAAGGCGUUGGUCCAUCCACCGCUCUCAAGUUGAUUCGGGAACAUAAAACUCUGGAAGGUGUCGUUGAAUUUUUCGAGAAGAGCAAUAAGUACACGUUACCGGAGGACUGGCCAUAUAAGGAUGCUCGCCUGCUAUUCCUCGAACCUGAUGUUCGACCGGCGGACGAUCCGGAAUGUGACUUCAAAUGGGAAGCACCUGAUGUCGAAGGCCUUGUCGAGUACCUGGUCAAGGAGAAGGCCUUCAGCGAGGAUCGAGUGCGGAGCGGGGCGCAACGAUUGCAAAGGAGCACCAAAACGGCUCAGCAGAGUCGACUGGAGGGUUUUUUCAAGCCGGUUCAGCGGACGCCGGAAGAGCAGGCCGCCUUGAAAAGGAAGACCGAUUCAAAGUUGGAAGAGGCUAAGAAGAAAAAGAAGCAAGCGGCGAAAGAGAAGAAGGAUACAAAGGCGAAGCCAAGAGGUGCUUGAUUCGAUAUCUCUUUCUCUGGCGUUCAGUGGGUUCCAUUCGUGUGGCGCGGAACAAUCUGGUCAAACAGAAGCAUGAGAUAUGAUCAUUGGCGUUCCGGUGAACUGAACUGAACUUAUCGUAGAGUCAAUAGGGUAUACUGGUUGCAUGGCUCUGCCUGGUAUGGCUAGGCAUGCGGAAGGGUGAGCAUCAUUGCGGCUCAAAUAUGGCUGCAUCGUAAAUAUCGAAGGAAUGAUGAGAUUUGAAUGCGAAU